AUGCCCACAAGAAAGUUGUUGAUGAACAAUUACAGACAUUAUUGUUCUGAUGAAACUGAUGUUGCAGAGAUUGCAGUGAGCUUUGAUGGUACGUGGUCGAAAAGGGGGUACACAGCUAAUUUUGGUGUUGGUUUUUUGUUAUCGGUUGAAACUGGUGAAGUACAUGACUUUGAUUUUGAGUCAAAGAUACGCAAAGCAUGCGAAUCAACAAAAAAGGAUCUUGGUGAAGAUUCUCCCGAGUAUGACAUAUGGUACCAGGGACAUGAAGACAAAUGCACCAAAACUCACACUGGAUCAAGUGGGUCAAUGGAGUGCUCCAUAGCUAAGACGAUUUGGGACAGAUCUAAGGAAACUAAUCUACAUUAUAAAUUUAUGAUCAGUGAUGGUGAUAGCAAAGCUUAUGGAAGUAUUUGGGAUACCUAUGGUUGUUGCAAUAAGUGUGAAAAUGGGAGAAGAUGGACAAGCGGUCAGCAGAGUACAAGAAAUGGCGCGAGUCCAAGGAGUAUGAGAUUUGGAAAGAAAACCAUGAAAGCAGAAAUGCAGAGUGUGCUAGGGUUUCAAAAUUGGAUUUUAUUGGCCAUGUACAAAAAAGACUGGGGACACGCUUGCAGGAACGUAGGAAGAAACAACCAAAGCUGAAGGAUGGGAAAUCAGUCAAAGGCAGCAAACACCGACUGACAAACAAAACAUUAGACAAGCUCCAAACUUAUUAUGGAAAUGCCAUCAAGGCUAAUGUAAAGCCAGGAAAAUUAACUCCACAGGAACAGAAAAAACAAAUAAAGAUAAUGCAAAAGGCUAUACUGGCAGUUCUCUAUCACACUUGCGAACUUCCAGAUGACAAGAAGAGACACCAAAACUGUCCACCAGGGCCAGAUAGCUGGUGCUCCUACAGAAGAGAUGGUACCCUCCAAAGGAAAGAUCACCAUUUGGAUGUUGCUUUUUAGAUUUCCUGCUACCUGAGUUCCAGCGCCUCAGUGAGUAUUCCCUGUUGCUACGCUGUCUUCCUGGGUAUUCACAGAAUGUGAGCGAAAGCAUCAACAGCCUUGUUUGGAACCGUGCUCCUAAAGGGACUCAAGUUGUGAAGAUUGCUGUGAUGUCUGUUAUUCUUUAUUUUAAUUCUGGUGCUGCCUCAAGGCAGGAUGUCAUGGAAGCAGCUAACAUUCCAGGCGGUGAGUUCACUUUUGAGGGGUGUUUAGCAAAAGACAAGAAGAGGAUGUCGAGCUCGGUUAUAAGUGCACAGAUGAAAGAAAAUAAAAGGAAAGGAGGAGGAAAAGAAGAUGAGCCAAGCUUCUUGCAGCAAACCAAGGGGAAUCAUCCUAUGCCAGUGGAAAGUUUAAUGAAGUGGAUCCACUUGACUUUGAAUCUUCAUCAUCAUCUGAUGAUGAAGACAAUUAUCCUUUAGCUUGGCUUGUUCAUAACGAUUCUGAUGACAGUGAUGAUGCUCCAUUUGCUCAAUUGGUCAGUGGAAGUCAAGGAAAGUGACUGUUGCAUUCCUACAUUGUUAUGUGUUGAUUUUGGUCAGGUACGUUGUAUCUAUUUAUAACAAUAUCGGUGACAUUCUGUACUAACUUUAUUAGCUAUUUUCUCAGAGACAAGAUUUCGGUUAGCGACUAUUACUUAAAUUCUCAUAACUCAAAAACUAUUUGCCCAAUCAUAAAAUUUGAGUGCUCUAUACACAAAAGGGUCAAACGCAUCAGAUCCUGACCACAAUAUAAGGUGUAGCACCAAAAGCAUUCAUUAAUCUGUUGCCUGGAAUGUAUUCUACUUAUCUAGUUAAAAUAAACACUUUCUGAUGUUUAGUUUUUCACUAGAUAGCAUUCAAAGAUGGUUCGGGAGAAAAUAGCUAUUUUGCCUUUCCUUGUUUUUUUUACAAUUAUGGUUUGGCCUGAUAAGGCAUCUGUAUUGCUAUUUGUGUAGAGCAUGUUAUGAGCUUUAAAAUUAUGUAUAACAUGUUGCAUAUAAGAGAAACCAUAAUAAAAUACAGUCAUUAGUAUAAUUUCCAGGUAGCAUCCCCCUAAUUAACAUGCCUGGCAUUUUUGCAUGCGAAAACGCUAGUUCACCAUUCAUGAUGACCUGCGGUAUUCUUCAAAAAAUGUUGCAUAAGCAUAUUUAAUUAGACAAGAUGCCGGCCGGCCGAAAUAGCAAUUUUAGUCUUGACAAGGUCUUAAAUCAAGAUAUUUUGCAUAACAGCUGUGUUGAAUGGCCGGUAGAUUAUUUCCAGAAAGUAAUGAGGCCCUUGGGAGCUUCACUCAUGCGAAAAUCUGCCAAAACGUCGUUUUUUGUGGAUGAAUGUGCCGAGCAAGUUCAAACUAUACUCGAAGCUCAUGAUUCUCUGGAUUGAAUGUGCCACAGGAGAUGCCUAAUUCCAUAAAUCCAGCACCAGUACUACAAAGGGAAGCUCGGCUGUGGCUGGCAGGAAUUCAACGGCAGAUAGGGGGCAAGAGGAGCAUCAGAAACCCAUAUUAUUUACCCAGUUUAUCAUGUUUUCAAUAAUCAUAAGAAUUGUUCAGGGGUUGUAUGGGGUUACGUCCCCUUAGAGAGAAUCUUUAUUGCUAUAAAAAGUUAUUGGGCCGGCUGACUCCCUCCCCUUCCUUUCUGUGAUGGAUUGUAACCCUUGAUCCCUUUGUACCCAAUGACUCUUCACGGCUGUUGCAAGCAUAUCAAAACAUUCUUAAAGAAGUUAAUUGGUAAUUCCUAAAUGGUCAUGCAUAACUGGUCAUUGCUACCAAAAUCAUUUCUACCUGUACAUGUACUACCGGUACUGUGGCAAUGACCAGCAGCAGGUAAUGGGAAUUGCCAAAUACAGCAGUUGUCCAUUUCAUGAUGUCAGAGUAUGUUUCUCUGAUGACUGGUUUUCUAUAAAUACCCAGAUAGCAAAACAAACAACUAAAAUAUUUUAAUGAAGUUAAAAAUCUAAUUUUCAUUGAAUGAAUAUAUUUUCUGAAUCAAUCAAAGCAAAUCAAAAACCCUGCAAUUCAGAUUAUGUGAAAAUAUUCUGGUGCUUCUCUUUGCAACAUUGGUGUUGGAUUAUUGUUGCAACUUUAAAUAAUAACAACAUAGUGUUGAUAUAUGCUGAUUUGUAGAUGUUGUAGUUUUCUGUAUAAUUGUAUUAAUAUAUUCUAUAAUGUGAUUUACAUUUUUUGUUUAUUUUAUAAUACUUUGUUUUGAUUAAAUCCAUUGGAUUUAAUAUUUGUCAUGUGAUCAUAAAAGCCCAUGUAAUUUUCCAGCCCCCCCCGCAACAAACUUCCCAAUGAAGGGCCUUCGUUCAGAACAUCGAAGUUUACCCUUGUAUUUUUCAGGUAGUUGCAUCCCUACCAAACAAAGCUUCAAAUAAAGAUAGUUCUAGGUUUCUACUAUGCAUUGUGUGGCAUAAUACAUACACUUAGCACUUUACUGGGAAUCUUUAAACUCCAGUGUUUUGUGACUUCUGUGAUUUAGGAAAUAUAGCAGUUAACUAAAAAUAUUUGUAGAUUAAUUUUAUCACUUGAGAUAAAUCCCGAUCACUAGGGUCAACAGAUUGUCCAAGUUAAACAGUUAUUAUUAGACUGGCUACAAUAUGCUGCUGUUAUCACAUGAACAUUUCUUGCUUGUUUGCUUAUAAAACCACUUUCGUCCUUACUAUUGAAUUUGUUAACCUGAAUAAUUAGCUGUAGAAAAGAAAAUUAAAAGGUAGGUUUAAUCAUUAUAGUCGGACAGAGGCUCAAAAUUAUGGAAAACUUACCAUAUCAUGGGACAAUUUCAUUUUGCCUUCAUAUUGUGCCCUGAAGGCUAGUAAGUACGUUUCUGUAUGUUGGCCACGACAAAAUUCCUUGUGGGCUCCUGCAGACACGUUUUUCUUUGAAUUUUGUAUUAAACUCUAUUACAGUUAAAAAAUGUGAAAUUUCUGACACAUUUCUAAUACAAAUGACUUGCAUCAAUAGAAAGCUAACAAAAAACUACAUACAAGACAUUUAAACAGUGAACUCCACUUCUUUUAUCUGGAAUGAUAACAUGCGGGAGAAAAGUGAAGCCAAUGCUCAUGCCACGUCGCCAAUGCUCAUGCCACGUCGCCACUGCUCACGCCAACUUCAUACGCUAUACGUAUUUAAAUUCUGAUGCCAUCGAAUCAGUCAGUCUCAGUCUCCCCUCUCCAGCGUGGAGCGCUCAUUUAAUUUUUCUCGAUCAAGAUCGGAAGGAAAGUUUUUUAAUACAGUACCUGUGACCGUACCUUGUUUUGUUUUUGUUGCAGUAUAAAACAUCGCUGUGGACAAUCAUUUAGCAAGUUAAGCAUUUUAUGUUUUUUUGUAACUUAAGAUCAUUUGCAAUAUUGUCACAGUGGUAAAUAUGUUAGUGAAAAAUAAAAAAUGCAAGCAAAAUUCAACUUUUCAAGCGAAGGCUUAAUAUGGAAUAAUGUCAUAUAAAGUUCCUAAUAAAACGUUGUUUGAUUUCACAAGACAGCUAUUUUUCAGGUUAUCAACUUAUCAUCAAUGUGCAGUAUGCCAGUACACUGUAAAUAUUUUAUUGUAUAAAUGUUUAUAAUUUUUGUGUUGACCAGUCUAUUCAAUAUUUAAAUUUUGAUGCACAUAUGAUUGUCAAACCUAGAAUAGAGGUGAGAAUUCAGGGUAAAAUCAAAUGUUAUAAAAGUUUAUCUGCUUUAUGUAGUGAAAACAUUGAUUACAUUGUCUUCAUUCCAAAAUCCAAACUGCAAUGCAAUCUCAAUUUGACUGCAAUUUUUGUUUAACUUUCAAAUUCUCUUAAUUCUGCAUUUCUUAUAACUCUAGCAUGUAAUGGGCUAUUAAAUUUAAAAACCAAACCCCCUGUUGAGGGCCUCUGGUUUGGGAGAUUUUUACCCUCCUGAAUUCCAAAAAAAUUGUGUAAACCCAGGGGUCCCUCUUAAUUUGGGGGGUGUCUGCCAGAAUUGCCCUGUCAAAACCGAUGAUGCCCUGCAGGAAAUUUUUAUUUCCGAGAACAUAUUUUUCCCAAAAAUGUUGUCAAUUGGAGAAAUCAUUGAUUAGUAUUUGAUAUUGCUUUUUUCUUAGGUAAGGUGGUAGUCUACCCUAAAUUUUUAUCAAAAGUAGAAAGAUUUAAAAAAAAAUAUUUUGCCUUUCCUGGCAUCUUUAGUUAUUGUAUUUUGACCCCCUUAACUUGUUUUCCUGCUAUUUGUUAGAGUUUUCGCAAUAUAUGCCUUUUCCUAGAAGGAUGUCAUAAAAUGUUGCAUAGUAACCGUUUUCAAUAGUUUGUUUAUUUUUGUUGCUAUGGAGUUUCUGUCCCCCAAAUACAUGAUUUUUUACUGCAAGCUUCGCUGAACAACAAGGCCUCCCUCCUUUUUAAUCAGGCCUGAUUGCAGGCUAAAACUAUGAAUCAUACGCGUUUGUUUACAUGAAGUAUUACGAGGCUGUUUUUGAAGCAACACAAGCGACACUGGUUUUCAUACAAAUCUCUUUCAAUCGAGAGCUUUAUAAAGCGUGUUUAUAUUAUUUUUUUACACAAAUAUGGUGAGGGAGGACAGGAGAAAGAAAGGAUCUGUUAAAAAAAGAAAAAGAAGGGGUUUUUAUGGUGUACGACCGCAGGAGAAAGUGAACGAGAUCAGAAAUGACCCAGCAAGUAUGGACGGAAAUGCCAACAGUUCGGCUGUUUUGAGCGACAAUCCUUUGCCAAUUUCAACCCCUGCUGUCGAAAAUAUUUCAACUAAGAAGCUGUUGAACAGUUCCUUUGAAAAGUUUGAAGCUAAAAGUGGAGUUUUGACACGCGAACAAGCUAGGAAGGUUGGAUUAGGAUCGACACCUGAUGUUGAAAUGGCGAAGGGAUUCAAACUACAAGAUGCCAUUCUUUUGAAUGAUUGUAUUUCUACUGCAGCCAUAUGCAGUUCCUGCCGUAAAACUACAUCCAAGCUUAGUCUUUACCAGAAGAACAGUGAGAGAGAAGGUUUGUCAGAGUCUCUGUUUUUGAAAUGUACAGUUUGUGAAGCGGUCACUCCACUGACAACCAGCAAACGACUUGGUGGAAAGGGUGGUGGGUCGCAUGAAGUCAACCGGAUGAUUUGUGCCAUUAUGAACUUACCUCCACCUGUGGCUAAAGAGGCAUAUAAAAAGCAUCUCAUUCAAAUUGAAAAGGCUACCAAGAACAAUGCGGAAGAGGUAAUGAAUGAUGCGGCCAAGCGGUUAUGGAAGAAGGUUUCAAUUGAACGGCCGGAUGACAUUGAGAUGGAAGGUGAUGAGGAGAUCGCUUGUGUUUCUGUGACAGUUGACGGUACUUGGCAGAAAAGGGGACACUCAUCCAAAAUAGGAGUUGUGUUUGUUAUUUCGGUUGAUACGGGUGAAAUUCUAGACUAUGAAGUGAAGUCGCUUUUCUGUCAUGAAUGCAAAGCUCAUAAUAGUUGGAAUCCAGAAAGCGAUGAAUACAAAGAAUGGAAGAAGGCUCAUGAACAGAACUGUGAAGUAAACCAUGAUGGAUCAUCUGAGGAGAUGGAAGCUGUGUCUGCAGUUGACAUCUUCUCUAGAAGUAUUGAAACAAGAAAGUUGAAAUACACAACUUUUGUUGGUGAUGGAGACAGCAGUAGUUUUGGACGGGUGAAAGAAGCAUUGGAGAAGAAAUUUGGGUCUAAAGUUUGAAGUUAAAAAAGAAGAAUGUGUGGGACACGUACAAAAGAGACUUGGAACAGCAUUGAGAAAGUAUAAGAAUGAUAGAAAGGGAAAAAAACUUUCAGAUGGUAAAGGUGUUGGAGGAAGGGGACGAUUGACAGACAAGGUUAUUGAUAAAAUGCAGAACUAUUACGGCAAAGCUAUUCUGGGAAAUAAAGGAGAUUUGGAAGGCAUGAAGAAAAGCAUCAAGGCAAUUCAACACCAUAUGGUGAAGAAUGAAAACAUUUCAUUAGAAAAGCAACACGAGUACUGUCCCAAAUCUGGAGAUACGUGGUGCAAGUAUUGGAAGGACAAAAACGAUGGCACAAAUUUGUACAAUGAGGAUAAUCGGUUGUCAGAGGUUUUUAUGGAUGAACUGGAUCCAAUAUUUACCAGACUGUCAAAAGAUGACCUCCUUAUUAGAUGUUUAAAAGGCAUCACCCAGAAUCAAAAUGAAGCUGCGAAUGGGGUGCUGUGGUCUAAGUGUGCAAAAACAAAGUUUUGCGGGGCCAGAAGAGUUCGCAUAGCAGCAUGUGAAACAAUUGCUGCAUUCAACACUGGUGCUGCAAGCAAAGCAGUGGCCUUGGAUCUAUGUGGUGUUACCCCUGGUGUCCACACAAUGAAAGCACUCAAAAGGCAAGAUGAUGUAAGACUGAAGAAUGCGGCGAAAAAAGUGAGCGAGAAGUAUCGGAAGAAAAGGCAAAAACUCCGUUCUGCGAAGAAAGAUAAAGCAGACAAGAAGUCGUACCAACCAGGUGGAUUUGGUCUAAGUGCAAAGCCUAUUGAAAAUCCUAAGUCCAAGAAGAGAAAAACAGCACCAAAAAAGAAAAAGGAACAGCAAAACAUUCAAAUUAAAUUUGUUAUGCCAACUUUUGAAGUGGUCGCAAAGAAGCGACGGAAAUGA